UAUUGAUCUAGUUGUAAUCUUCACUUCCGGUUUUUAUUUUCGCAGUGAAAACGACAACAGAAAUCCAUUGGAAUUGCGAAAAUUUUGCAACUAGUCUUAGUGAGAGUGUUUUAGAAGAUGGGUUCUUCCAAAAAACAUAAGGAGAAAGAUAAGGACAGGGAGCACAAGAAGAAAAGAAAACACCGAUCUCGAUCUCGUUCCAAAGAGAGGAAAAGACAUCGACAUGAUCGGGAUAGAGAACAUUCGGACCGCGACAAAUACCGACGAGAAGAAGACUAUCUUGAGAGUGAUGAUUAUUACCCAAAAGAACUUGAAGAUGUUGAAAUUAAGAUAUCAUCAAAAGGAUCGCACACAACAGAGGCUCCAGCUACUGGAGGGUCUAGCGGAGAUGUCUCGUUAAGCAUAGAGGAGACAAACCGUAUUAGAGCCAAAUUAGGAUUGAAGCCUCUAGAAGUUGGUGGUAAAAAAGAGAAAAAACACACUGAAGACGGAUACUUCAUAACAGAAGAAGGAGAUGUUCACAAACCGGCAGCAAGUCUCACAGAAAAAAAACAAGCAGAAAAGAUCAAGGAAAAAAUUCAGAAAAUGAAGGAUAAAAGAAAAAUCAAGGAUAAGUUAGGUAAAAUGAAAACCCUCGGAGAGAGUGAUUCAGAAGAUGAUGCUGCAGUGUGGGUCAAGAAAAGUCGACAGAAACAAAAAGAAAAGGAGUUAGCAGAAAAGAGGGCCAAGCAGUUAAUGGAACUGGAUGAAGCGUUUGGAUUGGAGGAUAUUGUGAAGGAUGAAUUUAAAGACAACAAAAAGGAGUACACAUCGAGGGAUUUGAGAGGUUUGAAGGUGGAACAUUCCACUGACAGAUUUAAAGACGGACAGUCCAUCAUCUUAACACUUCAGGACAGAGGAGUUUUAGAUGAGGAGGAAGGUGACACUCUCAUCAAUGUUAACCUCGUGGACGAUGAAAAGGCAGAGAAAAAUGUGGAACUAAAGAAGAAGAAACCUGACUACAAUCCGUACGACACUGGAGAUGUGGAUGAAUACGGAAUGUUCAAAGAAAAGAAUGUGCUGGAUAAAUAUGACGAAGAGAUAGACGGGAAAAAGAGGGAGAAGUUUGAGUUGGGAUCUGGUGGAAAAUAUAAUACUGAUCCUGAUAAACAGAUGGAUGAAAUUCGCAGACAGCUGCGAGAGCAAAGUCAGAGUCUGGGCGGGGUUUCCCUGAACCCCAUCAACGAGUACCUCACCCCACAGGAAUUAGCCGAGGCUGCAAAGUUUAAAAAAGUCAAGAAGAAAGUAAGAAAAAUCAGGAAGAAAGAAGUAUUAAAAGCAGAUGACCUGCUUCCUCUUCCCAAUGUAGGCCAAGAUGACACUGAUUAUGGAUCAAGAUUAAGAGGCAAGGGAUAUGUGAAUGACCCAGAGGAUUAUAAUGAAGGUGAUGGUGAAACAGGCUAUGAGAAUGGUUAUGGUCAGGCAGCUCCCAUCGUUAUUGACUACGCCCAUGGUCACACAGCGGUCAGUGUCAAUGAGCAGCGUAUGGAAGUGGACGAGCCUGAGGAAGAGGAGGACUUACUUGGGCCAGAUGAGGAUCUCAGUAACGUUAUUGUAGAUGAAGAUGAGGCAGAAAAAGAGUUACACUCGGCUCUGUCAAAAGCCAGAAAACUGAAACAGAAGAAGGAAGGACCCGGCGUCCACAAGAUUGUGGAACAGGUGCUCUCUAAGGUAAAGAUAGAGGCAGAUGAUGAGGCCCUCCAGGACGGGAACAUUGUCCUGAAUGCUACGUCCGAGUUCUGUAGAACACUGGGUGACAUUCCCACCUAUGGUCAGUCCGGGAAUAGAGAGGAGGACCAAGAAGAACUGAUGGAUUUUGAGAAGGAACUUGAAGAACGAAGGAAGAAAGAGGAGGAGGAACAGAUAUCGGGGUGGAAUGUUGUGGAGAUAGAUGAGACGCCUGUUAACAUCACAGGAGAUGACCAGGCUGUGCUGGAUGAAGAACCAGUCGUGAGUGCCGGAGUAGGAGCAGCUCUAGAACUCGCCAAAAAGAAAGGUUACAUUGAAGACGACGAGAAGAAAGCGGCGGGAGUGAGGAGCAGUAAAGCCAAGGCCGAGCUGGAAGUUCAGAAUUACUCCAUAGAGGAUAAGCGAUAUGAUGAUUUAGACGAGAAGUACAACAGGAAGAGGGACCGAUACAGUGGAGGGGGUGGGAUGAUUCAAGACUUCAAAGAAAAAGACAGUUAUAAGCCGGAAGUUAAGUUAGAGUACGUGGAUGAUAGCGGUCACAUGCUGAACCGAAAAGAGGCUUUCCGGCAGCUCUCGCACAGAUUCCACGGAAAAGGCUCGGGUAAAAAGAAAACGGAGAAACGAAGCAAAAAACAGCAGGAGGAACAGCUGAUGAAGCAGAUGAGUUCAACAGACACCCCCCUUGGUACCCUGAACAUGCUGCAGGAAAAGCAGAGAACAGAAAAGUCUCCUUACAUUGUGCUGUCGGGAUCCAAAGGGUUUUCAUCAAAUUCCAUCAUUAAACCAAGUCAAACUUGAAGUCUGUUGAAAUAUUUGGAGCACAUUUUCAUGACUACAAGUCCCGACUUUUUAAAUGGUACGGAUGUGCGACGUUUUAAAUGGUAUGGAUGUGCAACUCUUGAAAUGGAUGUGCUGGACAGUUGAAUGACAGUUUACUCAUGAAGAGUAUGGCAUUUCAAGGACCCUACAAGAAUUUCAUGUACAGUGCAUCUGUAAUAUAUUUUGUGAUCUUAGUAUAAUUCUUGAUCUUUUGAGCAAUUCUCGAAAAUUGAAUAAUGCCAAUAAAUAUGGAUAUACAUGUA